UAAUAAAAGAGGAGAAUUUGGUGCUUGCGUGGGCAUGGAAGUCGAUAAUAAAAACGAGCAAAUUGGUCAAAUUUAUGGCUUGGAACUUGAAGUGCUCAUCUGCCUCGAACGCUCUCAUCCAACCCGAUUCCGAAGCCUGACCCAACAUUGCGGGGACGAGCUUCCGCGCAACAGUAUCGUAUAAACUUCGUACUCUUCCCGCCGUGACACGCAGAGGAAGAACCAAGAUGCCGGUUAAGAAAGAACUCUGCAGAAACUUUCAGCGCGGCAGCUGUCAUUAUGGUGAACGGUGUAAGUUCCUUCAUGUUACUCAGCAACAGCCAAAACGUGGUGUCCUUGGAUUUGGUGCGCAAACGGCUUCACACUUUAAUAGCUCAAAUUCACAACAGCAAAAGCUGAACCCUUUUGGGUUCAGUGUUCAAAACAGCACACAGCCAAAAGGGGUCUCAGAUUUUGGAUCCAAACCGAGGCAAUUCAAGCCUUUUGAAAAUAAGUGGACCCGCUCCUCUGCUGCAACUGCUAACUCCCCUUCAUCAUGGCAACCUGAUAAUCAGCCUCAGGCAGCUAGCCAUAAGUGCACAGAUCUUGAUUCAUGUAAGCGGGAAAUUGUCCAAGAUUUUGAGCAUGAGAGACCACUUUGGAAGCUUACGUGCUAUGGUCACUGUAAAAGUUCUCCUUGUGACAUUGUUGGCGAUAUUAGUUAUGAAGAAUUGCGGGCGGCUGCGUAUAACGAUGCUGUGUCUGGAUUGAGCUUGCAGUCAAUUGUUGACAGAGAGAGGAGUUUACUCAAUUCCAAGUUAAUUGAAUUUGAGAGCUUACUUCAGAAUCCACAUGCAGCUCGAUCAAAUUCGACUCUUGUCAAGCAAGACCCUGAUCCUGGGGCCAGUGUUAGUACAUCUGUACUGAUUGCUAAGAACAGUUGUCCUCCUUCAGUUUCUAGUUUUAGUCAACUGGGUGCAUCACUUAACAUGGUGUCUGGAAUGAUGAGUGCCUCUGCUCCACCAAAUAAUUCUUUUGGGCAGUCUAAUUCCCUCCAAAAUUCUGGUCAGAUGUCAGGUGUAUUUGGGAUACAAAACUUGCCAUCUGGAGGUGCAGGUUCAUUUGGUGGCCAACUUUCUGCCCAGACACCUGGCAAUUCUUUUGCCACCAAGCCAGCAAGCUUUAGCAAUAGCUUUCUGGCUGCUGGAAGUAAUGCAUUUCCCCUGCCAGUAGCGUCACAACAGACUCCUGCAAGCAGCCCCUCAUCAAUGCUUUCCAGUGAGCCUAAGCCCGCACAUGAUGUUGGGCAAGCUGCUUCAAGCGUCCAUUUGCUGAAUACCUUAAAAGGAGAGAUGGUUGUGAUGGAUGCAAACACUUGGAUGAAAGAGGAGUGGAGUAUUGGAGAGAUUCCAGAAGCAGCACCGCCAGAUGCAUUUAUUUAACAAGAGUAUUUUUUGGAGGACAGGAAGUCACUCAAAAGAGGGACGGUCAAGGCGCAAUCUCCUCAGAGCAAUCACUUAGCAUCAUAGUGGUGGCUAACUGGUUAUAGACAAAGCACCAUUUUUCAAAGUGAUUAAAAAGGACGGAGGCAGAGAACUAAUUAGGACAAUUUAGCAAUUGAACCGAGGGAGAGGGAGGGAGUAUAUAGAGGAGAAAUGAGUGGUAUCGCGCGGAGGAGGCUGUUGCUUCGCUUCGAUCACAAGAGAGGCACCAUUUACCCAUUCAUGAGUAUUGAUGAUUGUUGAGUUGGAGAUGGUUCAAGUGAAGAAUUAAUUAUAUUUGGACUACGUUUACCAGAGUUGGAAUGGUUGACACCCCUCCUCCACAGUGCCCUAGCUAUCAUUGUCACAAUGCUGUACUGGCUGAGCCUUGAAGAAACUUGUUUGCGUGGGAUCAGCAUGUAACACUAUUCCAGUUUAUCUAAUUUUGUUAGGGGUGGGCUGUGCAAUUACUUCCUGGUGAGUGUAAUGCUAGCAGCUGUGCCUGUGGAUGCAAUUGUUGCUAGCAUUUCUCUUAUUAAUAUAUAUGUGAUGAUGAAUAGCAAUAUUUCAAAAAAAAAAAAGGGGAAAAAAACACCACAUAUUUUGAGUGAUCAAAA